GGUACUACCGAGGGGCGGUGGGAGCUCUGCUCGUCUACGACAUCGCCAAGUACCUGACGUACGAGAACGCCGAGCGCUGGCUGAAGGAGCUGCAGGACCACGCUGAUGCCAACAUUGUCAUCAUGCUGGUGGGCAACAAGAGUGACCUGCGGCACCUGCGGGCUGUGCCCACCGAUGAGGCCAGGAGCUUUGCAGAGAAGAACGGGUUGUCCUUCCUUGAGACGUCGGCUCUGGACUCCACCAACGUGGAGACGGCUUUCCACAACAUCCUCUCGGAGAUCUAUCGCAUCGUGUCGCAGAGGCAGAUCACUGGGCAACCAGAGUCAGAGUUUGGUCCCACCACGACCAUCGAGCCCAUCCGGGUGCUGCCCACCCAGCAGGAGGGCAGGCAGGCACCCUGCUGCCAGAACAUCUGAGCCCCUUGGG